CUGCAGCGGGACAGGGGCUGGGGCCCCUGGAGCGGCGUCCCCAACAGAGGCGCCGGCCGGCUCCGGGCGGGCGGGGGGGCGGCGGCGGGGGGGGGCGGGGGGGCGGCCGGCGGCCGGCCGAGGUGCUCCCGCCGGCUGUGGGUGCUGCUGGGGACGCUGGCGCUGGUCUUCCUCACCUCGCUGCUGCUGUCCGUGUCCCUGCGGGGGGGCGUGGGGCUGGGCUACCUGGAGCCCCCCGGCUGGGAGGAGUCCCGGCGGGUCAAGCUGGUGCCCAGCUACGCCGGCGCCCACCGGCUGGCGGCGCCCGCCGCCCCCCCGCAGAGGACCUGCGCCUGCCCGCGCUGCGUGGGGGACCCGGGGGUCUCCGACUGGUUCGACGAGAGCUACGAGCCGGACGUGUCCCCGGUCUGGACCCGGGACAACAUCCAGCUGCCCCCCGACGUCUACUACUGGUGGGUGAUGCUGCAGCCCCAGUUCAAACCCCACAGCAUCCAGCAGGUGCUGCUGCGCCUCUUCCAGGUGAUCCCCGGCAGGUCUCCGUACGGCUCCUGGGACCCGGGCCGCUGCCUGCGCUGCGCCGUGGUGGGGAACUCUGGGAACCUGCGGGGGGCCGGGUACGGGGCCACCAUCGACGGCCACGGCUUCAUCAUGAGGAUAAACCUGGCCCCCACGGUGGGCUACGAGGAGGACGCGGGCAGCCGCACCACGCACCACUUCAUCACGUACGCUCCAGUUAAGCAGUUCCUGCGUGUAGACAAAGACAAGGUCCAGAUCUUCAACCCGGCGUUCUUCAAAUACAUCCACGACCGCUGGACCCGGCACCACGGCCGCUACCCGUCCACCGGCAUGCUGGUGCUGUUCUUCGCCCUGCACGUCUGCGAUGAGCCAGCUCCUGCUCUCUCGUUGCAGGUGAACGUGUUCGGCUUCGGCGCCGACGGCCGGGGCAACUGGCACCACUACUGGGAGCAGAACCGCUACUCGGGGGAGUUCCGGAAGACCGGCGUGCACGACGCCGACUUCGAGGCGCAGAUCAUCCAGCAGCUGGCCAAGGCCGGCAAGAUCACCGUGUUCCCGGGGAAGUGA